AUGCGUUUAUUUGAUAACUCUGCGAUACGGAUAGAUCUAUUUCCAGGAAGGAAAGACAAGAAAGAUGGCAAGAACAAGAAUGCGAACAAGACGAAUGAGCCUCGGGCUACAGGCUCCCGUGGGACUAAACUUGAGAAGGAUGAGCCAAGUUCGACGGUAAAGGCUGCGAAAAGCAUGCAGAAUAUGGAGCGAAAGACCCCGCAACGGCCUGAUGCCUCACGAGCAUACAAUAGUUAUGACACGGAAAGGUCUGGCAACGAUUACUCCAAAGCAGGGACUGGCUAUACUCAUCAACGACCUUCGAUGGAACGUACCAACGACAAUGCCAAUUCUCGGCCAUUUGAGCUGAAGGGAUCAUCCUCCUGGCGGCGCGACGACCCUCCAACUUCAAGUCAGAGCGAAACAAACAGCAAUGUCCAAGUAGAUCAGAGGCCGAAUGCGAGCGCACACCAAAACUACAAUGCCCAACGACGAAUGAAUAGCGAACCUGAGAAUUCAAGCCGUGAUCAACGAAGAUCUCGAGCAGAUAUUCAGGACGAGUUCGAAGCGCAACAAAGCCUUCGGACUAACAUACCCAUGGGUGCUCCUCAUUCAACCGGGCAUGCUUUGAAACAAAAGCGAAGCAAAGCAGACAUGAUCAGAGCGACCGAGAACAUGGCAAGGACACUCUCCAGAAGCCCACAUCGAAGUCCGGCCAACAGGAGGCAACGCGACAUCGCUGACGAUUCCCGCCCGGGAACAUCAUCCAGCAAUGGCAGUUUCCAGCACACGCAGUUCGCACGCAGCAACAGCAGCCGAGCAAACAAUGGCAUUGGAAGAUCGACCUCUCGUGAAACUGGUCCUGCCCACUCGCAUAGCCGACAGCGGUCUGCUGAUACGAAUGGACAGACCGCAUACCGUCCACAGACCGCAGAUAGCUCGAGGUCGAACAAUAGUGUUGACAAAGCGCCCCAAUACGAUGGGCUCAGUCCUACUAAAGUCUCGGGCGUGGCCAAGAAGCAGGGUAGCGCUUUCAGUUCUACGAUCAGGACUUCGCCGCCUUUGCCUAUGGAGCCGAACAAGACUACAUGGUCGCCAACUUCUAGUGUUGCAAGGAAUAAGAGUAGUGAGCGACAAAACAAGCAGGGGCAGAAGGAUGCUUCGACUGCGAGUGCUGGUACGCAAGCUAUGCAUGGCGAUCAGCCUGUUGCCAACAACAACAAUGCAGCUCGAAGCAACGCCCAAGAGCAGGAGUCGCUCUACAAUGCCAGCAAGAAAUCUGAUAACCGUCGAUUCAGCGUGGCACCCAACGACAACGGCAACAAUCCCAAUUCGUCAACCCGCCCCUACAUGAAUUUCUCUCGCCCCAGCAACAGCGAUCUGAAAUCCGAAAAUGCCAAUAACACGAAUACUGGACCUACUAAAGCCAACACCGCCGCUUCUACAGCUGCCGGUCAAGGGAGAGUUGAACCAACGCCUCCUGCAACCAAAGCUGUCGACUUCGCCGCCAUGAGCCAGUCCAGCAAACAGCAACAGUCAAACAACAACACCACAACAACAAAUGCCUCUAACUCAAAGUCCAAGAAGAACAACUACGUCGACGCAGGCAACAGCACAACAUCUCCAUGGCAAAGCAAAUUCGGCAGUGGAAGCAAAGACCCCAGAAAAGUCCCAAACCACAUCGUCGGACAACAAGUCAACAAGAAAUCUUCUACUUCUUCUUCAACCAACCCAAACAGAUUCAGCAACACAAAUUCCAUCGUAAACAAUUUCAAAAACAGCAGUCACCCCGCCGCAACUCAAAAGAAUAAACCAGUCCCUCAACCACUCUCCCUCAGCAAAAGCGAGACUUCCGGUUCUCGCGCCAAAGUCGUUACAAUCGAUAAUAAUGGUGGAGACAAUACUGUUGUUCCUACACCGGCUAGUAGUCGAUUUUCAGCGGAUCCGCAGUCUGCGGGACAGCGUGAUGCGAAGGUUGUGGCGAUUAAUAAUGGGGGAGGGGCAGGGAAGGUUGAGAGGAGUUCGCCGAGAGAAAACAAUCUCGUUUCUUUGCAAGGCGGAUUGAAUGGAUGGGAUGCCGUUGAUCAGAAGAGAAAGGAUAGCGGACAGAGUGAUAGUAUGGAUUUUGGAGGGAAGAGUACUUAUUCGAGUAAUGGGAAGGUGCAGAGUGGGUUUGAGAGGGAUGUGGGAGAGAGGAUCAGUGGUGGAGGUUGGAAUGCGGCGCAGACUGUAGGAGGACGUUAG